AUGGAGCGAGCCUCUCCGUGGCAACUGUUCAACACGUCGUGGAUGCUCCACCGUCUUUCCCCCCUCUACCAUGGGAAGGACUUUGCGACCCUCCUCGACAACGACGCCGCACUGAAAGCAUAUGCGACGCGGUUGCGCGAUCAACUUACAGGCGAUGUCCUUGCGGGCCUUUAUUCCGCCGCAAGCACGGCAGAAGAUGACGCGCUUUCUAAAACAGGCGCGCUUAGGGAGUGCCGUUGGGAAUACUUCGCUGCGGGGCCCUCCCAGCGCGACGUGCGCGCCGGCGUCUCGCUCCCCGGAAUCCUGGUGACACUGGAAUACGAAAACAUCACCUACAAGGCUGCACUUCUUUCUGAAGCCGAUUCGACCUCUCAGGCGCGCAAAGGCUCAACAAGUCUGCCUCUACUUUUGACAAAAUUCCCCAACGCAUUGCGACAAACAUUUAUCACUUUUUUGUCCGCCAACUUCGACACGUACUGCUCGAACCUACGACUUCCUUCUGGCUUUUUAUGUACAGCGUUGGAGACUUUCGUCGGUGAGCUGCGCAGCUCCGGAGCCCGCUCGACCGCAGAUAAUACGGUCGAGGAAGUCAUCAAGGAGUUACAGCUCACGCUGGCAUUCUCGCCAUCUGUCGCGCCGGCGUUGCGAAACCUCAAUAUCAGCAUCUCCCGCUCCUCGCUGGUUGAUUUCCUUCGUGGCGAUACAGUGAAAUCGACUGGACGAACUCUCCAGCAGAAGCUGCAGAGUCCAUUAAUUGCGAACCUCACCUCCUAUCUAGAGGCACACCUGGCAAUGAAGCUGGAUCUAGAUGGCUCGCAGCAGAAUCAAGUAGCUAGGCAGCAUGUCCGACUGUCUAAGGUUGCAUGCGCUGGCUUUGUGUUGGGGAGCGAAGGGCGUGUGAAGCUAGUUGUGGAUGCCAGACGGGCCGUUGACCAGGAGGAAGAGCAAGAUUCCCCUUCUUUGCAGGCGAGUGAAACUCUGAUCCGGGCGGUGAUUCGCAAGGCUACUGGUGAUCAAGUGACUACAUGA